AUGUCGCCAAGUCAGCAAUGCUGCUCAUCAUCAACGUUUGACCAUCUGAUCAUCGUCUGCUGCCACGCCAUCUACCUCGGUGGACCUACCCAUGGAUUUGACGAAAAUGAGUGGCUCAUCGAACCAUUCCAGAAGGGCGAAACGCCGACAUUUAUUGAGCAUGUGAAGGCUGGGAUUCGGGAGUUAUUGUCGUCGAUUGGUGUUCUUUCUUCAUCUUCAUCAUCAGCAAAUGUUGCUGAUGCAGGUAAAUGUAAUGCACUGUUGGUUUUCUCAGGAGGUCCAACGAAAAAGGAUAGGACGGACUUGAGCGAGGGGGAGUCUUACCUUGUAUGUAUUAACCUCGCGCGAGAAAAUGGAUUUUUCCUCUCUUCUCUGUCUCCAUCUGCCGAUGACGAGAAGAAGAAGAAGAAGAAGGAAAUGAUAGACAAACUCAACGACCUCACUCUCGCCGAAACCCACGCAACAGACUCCUACCAGAACGUGAUCUUCUCCCUGCUCCGAUUCCGGCUCGUUACGGGCGUCUACCCGCGCCGCAUCACUGUCGUGACGCACGAGUUCAAGCGUCGCCGGUUCCUGGAGUGUCAUUUUCCUGCUAUUGGGUUCACUAAUCACGACAGGGUCGCUUUGAUUGGCAUCAACCCCCCCGAGGAAGUGACCCCGUCCGCGUCGCUGUUUGCCGGCGAGGAGAAGAGCGGCAUCGGCCUCUGGAGGAAGGAUCUCUACGGCGUCGGUCCCGAACUCAUGUCCAAGAGGCGCAGACGGGGCUGGACGGAAGGCCUCGAGAAGAGCGUCUUUGUUAAUGUUGGCUUGGAGCCUGUCGUCGAGAGGCUGGUUUGUUGGGAUGGCUGGAGUUGUGAUGAUCAGUGGUUUUCCGGAGAGGGAUGUGUUGCCGUGGAAUAG